AUGUCGACCCCACUGAAGACCGAAAUCAUCAGUGAUGCACUGGAAGCGCUGAGGAGACAUCUGAAGGCUAUUGGCUUUGUUGGUUUGACAAUUCUGGUGUGGGAUCAUGCAAUCACUUUUGCAGACGAGGUGGAGAUCAUAUGGGGUCGUCCGAAGAACUUUUUGACGUGCUUAUUCUUGCUCAAUCGGUACCUCACACCCAUUGGAUUUGUAGUGAACCUUGUUGCAUACAGCCUGCCUUCUUGGUCGUUCAUAGUGCGAGCAUUUCGUUCGGUACGAGGGGGCCAUGACAGCAAUUGGGAUCCAAGUCGUGGCGCUGAUGAUGUUCCUGCGUUAGCGCUUGGCUGUUGUGUCACGGCGAAGCUUGUCGCAUGGAGUUCUUUGUUUCUGCCCAGCGGAAGGGCUAACAGAGUGCUUAGAAAGGGGCUCGCAUCCGCAUGGGCAUGGGUUCCUCUCUGCUAUGACACCGUUGUAUUCGCCUUGACUUUGAACCGCACAUUGCCCUCGAUACAAAAUAAGGAGGCAGGACAUGUCGUCCGCGCGCUUUUUGCAGAUGGAGUUUUAUUCUACAGUGUGAUGUGUGCUAUAAACCUCAUCUUUACGAUCAUGAUUGUGAGAGCUCCACAAGGCUUGAAGAACAUUACUGGACAACUUGAACUGAUGUGA